AUGUUAUUAUUUAUUACUAUUUUAUUAAAAACAAUUACCACUAAUAGCACUCCGAUAGUUGAGACAACCGAGCAAACAUCAAUAGAAACAAUAAUGCCAACUCCAGAUAAUAAUGAUGAGAACAAUGAGAAUAAUGAUGGGAAUAGUGGUGGUAAUAAAGAUGAGAAUAAUGAUGGGAAUAAUGGUGGUAAUAAAGAUGGUAAUAAUGGUGGUAAUAAAGAUCAGAAUAAAGGUGAGAAUAAAGGUGAGAAUAAAGAUGAGAAUAAAAAGAAUAAAAAUAAUGAUGACAAAGAUAAAGAAAAGGUACAUAAGAAACAUAAAAUAACUACUUAUACAACAAUCACAACCACAGUUACAUUAUAUUAUGCCGGUUAUACCACAACGAUUACAACAACUAAUUCGUUAGGAAAAAUUACAACCUUCGCAACAUACAUUCCCCCAUCCACUGUAAUUGUGGUAAAAACAAUUGUCUCACCAGUCGCACAAGAGGUUAAUGACGAACUGUCAAGUACGACGAUAAAAUUUCACGAAUUUAAUAGUCACAGCUUGUGGGGAGUUACAAUGAGCUUGGUUGUAGUCGUUGCAACGUUAAUUAUUAGUGUUUUCGCGUAA